AUGGCUCUUCAGCUACUCACAAAAUGCCCACGAAGGUCUGGUUUUGGAACACCUGUGACGAUAGCCACACGAAAUAUCCGUUCCCGCAAUUUCGCAACUAUCAGACAUUUUCAGACGACACAGCAAUAUGAUGAGGAAUUUGAUGUUGUCGUUGUCGGAUCCGGCGCCGGAGGUCUUACGGCGGCUAUCACAGCGACACUAGUGGGGAAACAAAAAGUUCUUGUAACAGAAAAGAGCAAGUGGUUCGGUGGUACAUCGGCGUUCUCUGGCGGCGCCCUCUGGGUCCCGAUGAGCCGGCACACAGAGAAAGACACCGAUUCUAUAGCUCGAGCAAAGACCUAUAUCCAGAGUUAUCUCCAAAAGAUUUCAAGGAUGGAAGAUUAUGAUGAUGCUCUGGUAUCCGCAUAUCUUGAAACGGCUCCUGAGAUGGUUGAAUUUCUUGAGUCCUCCUCAGCCGCACAAUUCGUCCCAUGUGCAACUCCUGACUAUUACAUGGAGCUGGAGGGCGCGGUAACAGCCGGUCGCACCAUCUUGAACGCCCCCUACGAUGGGCGUAGGCUCGGCUCGAAACUCGUAAAGCAGGUACGGUAUCCAUUGCAGGGCUACUGCGCGUUUGGAUCAAUGCAAGCAGAUGCCCUUGAUUUCAACGCGUGGACCCAUCCCUUCUCGAACUUCCGAAACUUGGCGUUGGUCACUGGGAGUGUUUUGAGAUAUAUGGUGGAUCGAGUGCGCUACGGAAAGGGGACAAAUUUCUGCAACGGGAAUGCCUUGGUAGGUCGCUUGCUAGAGUCUGCUACGAGGUCUGGAAUAGAAUUCAGAAACGAAGCGGCAGCAAUUGAGCCAAUACUAGCAGAUGGCCGGAUUAUGGGAGUUGUGAUCGACCGUCAUGAUGGACCUGUGAGAGUUCGUGCAAAGAAAGCGGUCAUACUAGCCACCGGCGGGUUCGCGCGUAAUGGUUCAUGGGCAAGAAAAUUUCUGCCAGCAGGUAGCGAGUGGACUGUCAGCCCUCGUAGCAAUCAGGGAGAUGGUAUUCAGAUUGGUCUAACGAGUGGUGGGGUGCUACCGAAGCCUCUGAAUGAGAACGCCGCUUUGUGGUCGCCAGUCUCUGAGAUAAAGACGCGGAAAGGACCCAGAAUAUAUCCUCACUUUGUCAUGGGCCUGACAAAGCCAGGUUCGAUUAUUGUCGACGUCGAUGCUCGGAGAUUCGCCAAUGAAUCUGCGUCAUAUCAAGACUUUGGGAAAGCGGUUCAAGCGGCUGGUGUACAAAAGCAAUACUUGAUAGGCACGAAAGCGCAUCUCAGGAAAUAUGGCAUGGGCGCAGCUUUGCCUGCGCCAUAUCCUAUCAACCAUCUGGUUCGACAAGGCUACUUAGUCCGUGCUCCAACAAUUUCUGGGCUGGCAACCAAAAUAGGUCUCGACCCUAGAAAAUUGACGGCUACCGUGGAAAAAUUCAAUAAAUUCGCACGGGAAGGAAAGGAUCCUGACUUCCAUCGAGGUGAAGCAGGAUAUGAUCGCGCCUUCGGCGAUCCUUCGCAACCAAAUCCUUGCCUUGGGCCAUUGGAACACGGACCAUUCUAUGCGAUCUCAAUGCACGCUGGAAAUGGCAUUACGAUGUAUGGUUUAAAGACCAAUCAGGACGCACAGGUGUUGGACUCUCAGGAAAAUCCUGUACCAGGGCUUUAUGCUGUUGGUGCUGACUCGAAUCAUUUCCUGAGAGGCCACUAUCCAUCAGGAGGUCUGACAUUGGGGCCAUCAAUGGUGUUUGGAUACCGCGCAGGACUCCAUAGCGGACGCUGA